UCCAUUUACUGCAGAAUUAACCUAGUAAGCGUAACUAGCCAUUACAUAACAAAGGUUCUGUUUAUGUCAUAAAAGUAACCAAACCACAUCAUGAUGGAACAUAGAACAUACCUGAAGGUACAUCUAAAUUCUACCUCACUCUUUGCUGAGACACUGCAGAGGAUAGUUGGUUUGCUCAAAUUCAAGUUCAGAUUUAUUUAAAUAGCGUUUAUAUAGCUUGGAAAAUAGUCACAUCUAUAUAUAUUUUUAUAUAGCUGGACACCUUUUUGGUGAGUGAAUGGGAUUUUUCCGCUUCCUUAACUGCUGCACUGCAGUGCCAGUGGAUGGAGUUCAUGGAGGGGUGGUGGAGAGCGGAGUGAGAAGCACCCAGGAGAUUAGGAAGGAACUCAAGAAGUACAAACUUGAGGACUUGAAGAGAGAGCUGGAGGCUUUGGGCAUUCAGCCCGAUGAGGACCGUAAGAAUGAGAAGAAACUCAAGAGGGAGCUGAGGAAGGUUCUCCUGAGGGAACUGAAGAGAACGGAGCUGGAGAGAGCCGGGAACGGAGGCGAGGCGGGCGGCAAGGAUGAAGCCGCUGAGGCUCUGAAUGGGGCCCCGGAGAGGGUGGACCCAGAGGCAGAGAAAGGAGCGGAGGAGCCUGCAGAUGGAGGAAGGGCAGCUGGUCUGGACAACGCUGAGCAGCAGGAUGGAGACUCGGCUGCAAAUGGUCCAAUGAAGGAGAAGGGUCAAAAGGAGAAAGUUGCCCUGCUUAUCGACCUACUGGGUGACAUGACUGACAGGGUGGACGAGGUCAAUAGUAUCCUGAGCGAGGCCGGAUGUGUUCUGAGGCUAGUUAAAGCAGCUGGGGUGACCAAUCCAGAGGAAAAGGACAUUGACCAGGAUGUAGUGGCUGUCCUGGAUGACCUGUUGGACAAGGUUGACUCUACUAUGACUCUGACAGGAGAGCAGCAGGGAGAGAAGGACAGUGAAGUAGUGGCCGUCCAUUCUGAUAUGGUAGCCAAGGUUGACUCCAUCUCAAAUCAAGCUACUACCAAGAACCACAGGAAUGUGGAGGACGCCACUGAAGUCUCUGCCGUGCUAAAUGACAUUCCAGAUGGGGUGGAUAAUGCUAUGAAUCUGGAAGCUGAGCAGAAAGCAGAGAGGGACCGUGAGGUGGAGGCCGUCCUCUCUGAUGUUUUAGCCAAAGUUGAUUGUGUCUCAAAGCAACAAAGAGCAAGAGAGGAGGGAACAGCUGAAGCAAUUUCUGUUCUUAAUGACCUCCUGGAUGGCGUAGCCUCUGCUUUGAAGCUAAAAGAAGAAAAGCAGGAAGUGAUAUCCGAAAUAAAGACUGUCCUGAACAACAUUCUUGAAGACGUGGACUCUAAACUGAAUUUGACCACAACACUGAAAGGAGAGGAGAAGGAGGGCACGUCUGUGGCGAAGGCUGUGCUUACUGAUCUCUUGGACAACGUAGACUCUGCUCUGACAGAGCAGGACAAAGGUGCCACUGAGAUGGCCCACAUAGAGCCUAAGGGUAUUCUGGAUAUGGUGGACACUGACCUGAAUCUGAUCAAAGAACUGGAUGUGGUUAGAAAGGAGGAAAAGGAGAAAACUGAGGCUAUGCACUUGGAUGGAGGUGAAGCAGCACAUAACAUCAAGCUGGACAUGCAACUUCUUGAGGGUCUGCCACUGGCUCAAGCUGGGCACCUGAGUGUAGGAGAAGCUGCCGCCAAAGACAAGAUGGUGGACAAAGAAGCACAGGAAGAUAAGGAGAGUGUUUUACCAGCCGAACACAAACACAAACGCAAGACGAGGAGAGGAAAGCGAGGCACGGGAGCCAAGAGAGGAGCUAAAGCUAAAGAGACCAGGGAGAGUGACCACCCAGGCGGCCAAGACGUAGACAACGAGAAAAGGAAGGAGCCCGAGAGGCAGGGCGACCGAGCAGGAAACAACGUGCUGGGGAAAGACCAAUGGAGACCCGCUGCUGUGGACAGGCAGUGGAGGGGACAGAUGUUUGGGCCCAGUGGACACAGAAAACAAUCCAGCCAUCAGCCUGUCCGAGAGGACAAGAAGGGAGAGAGGGUGGAGAGGCAAAGAAAACCAACAACUGAGAGAGGACAGAGGCGCGGACAGAAGGUGACCACCCCAGCACAGAGGCACGGGAACAAACAGCCCCAGGACAUGGGAAGGAACCGAUUGAGAGAGAGAGAUAACACAGAUUGGAACGGAAGGAUGGAGAGAGGAACCAGAGCUUGGUGGAACAGGGCCUGGGAGCAGGAGAGCCAGGCUGAGCAUGGCUGGUAUGGUAGAGAUGGGUACUGGUACUGGGCUGCCCCGAGGAGAAGAUCUGCAGUGGACAGGAGAGACCGAGGAGGAGACCUGCAAUAGAAGACCGCAAGCAGAGGAAGCACAGUCAUGAUUAGCCUGCCUGAUAAGGCUGCUGCUGCUGCUGCUGCUGCUGCUGGAGUCUUGUAUACUUCUACUGUGCUACAAAAUAUCCCUUAUAUCACAUUAAAUCUAAAUCACAAUCAUUAUCACUCUUUAUUAUUAAUUAUCACAUU